AUGUCUGCUGCUGCUUGUAUCUUCUGCAAAAUCAUCAAGGGUGAUAUCCCUUCCUUCAAGCUCUUUGAGAGUGACAAGGUCUUUGCAUUCCUCGACAUCCAGCCCCUUAGCCGUGGCCAUGCGCUUGUCAUUCCCAAGUACCACGGCGCAAAGCUGACCGAUAUUCCCGAUGACGAUCUGCUUGAGAUUUUGCCCGUCGCAAAGAAGAUCGCCAAGGCCACGGGCGCCGUAGACUUCAACAUCUUGCAGAACAAUGGACGGAUUGCGCACCAGGUUGUUGACCAUGUCCAUUUCCACAUGAUCCCUAAGCCCAACGAGAAGGAGGGUAUGACCAUUGGCUGGCCCUCGCAGGAGACGGAUAUGGAUAAGCUUAAGGCUCUUCAUGAAAACAUCAUGUCGAAGAUGUAGACGGAGUAA